AUGGGCCGGCGCAGAAUAGCAGCAAAGUCUGCGCGGUUAAAACAUGCCCCCAUUCUUGAACAAGCCAGGGAGUCUGACCUCCUUCCAAAGAGCCUCGUCAAUUUCCUGCAUGCGCUUCCACGGGACACUACACCACCGGCCGAGGCAGAUGAACGCCCUGCGAAGCGUGCCAGAGUCGAAGUCGCAGAAAACGCUGAACAUCCUAAGGCGAUCACAAUCGCCCGAGAAUCAUUCACCUUAGCUCGACCCAGCCGCGAAGAUACUGCACCUGACGAGCAUGGCGCAUUAUCCUGGGAAAAUGCCGGGGAAUACGUCAGGGUGCAGUUCAGUGAGCGCACCAAGUGUCUGACCAUUUCUUCCAGACCGAAGUCGCCCUAUGGGGCGUUCAAGGCAGAGAUAUUCUUGAGCCAACCCAACUUUUCACGCGCUAUUCUCACGACGCUGGAGGUAUUGAACCAAGAGCGAAAUGAUGAGCCCAAUGGGGGAGCUUUGGUUGUCAAAACCCACAUUACUCUGGACAAGACAACCAAACAGGACCAUCUACGUUUCUCCUUUGAGUUGAACUGGAAGCCUGCAACAAUAUUCCCACGUCAUGCCGCUAAGCGGGCCUUGAGUCAGCUUGUUAUGGACACUUUCUUCGGACCUGCAAAGGACAGUAACAUCUCUAAACCUCUUCAACCUCAGGAUUUCUACGAGGCUGCAUUCAUGCCCGACGAUAGCCACACAGAUCUAUCAUCAAUAAGAGUUCCGGGACUGGACUCGAAACUAUACCCGUUCCAGCGCAGGGCCGUGCAAUGGCUCCUGAUGAGAGAAGGAGUGAAGUAUGUUGAGGAAGGCCCCGAGACAGGUUCACAACUUGUACCACAUUCCGUACCGUCAUCAUCCGGGAUGCCGUUAUCUGUCAAGCCGUUCACGGAUGCGGAUGGUCGCUCAGCCUUCGUCAGCAAUCUUUAUCACAUGGUGGCUAGAGACAUCACCCCGUUUCGCCAGAUGGAAGCUAGCAUUAAUGGUGGUAUACUGGCCGAGGAGAUGGGGCUGGGCAAGACUGUCGAGAUCAUUAGUCUGAUCUUGAUGCACAAGAGGUCCCGUUUGCCUCACCCACCUGAGAUACUGGACCUCCACACUGGCCAGAAACUACACCCAACAGGUGCGACUCUGAUCGUCGUCCCAGGGACCCUGAAAGACCAAUGGUUCUCUGAAGUGCAAAAGCAUGCACCAGGCCUCCGUGAGAUGGAAUACCAUGGCCUCAAGUCCAGGGAAUAUAGGAAGAGGUUUCAGAAAGAAGGACCAGAUGCUGAAGCUCGUAUCAUUGCCGAACUUGCGGCCUCUGAUAUAGUGAUUACAACAUACAAUGUUCUUCAGUCCGAGAUCCACUAUGCCGGAAUUGCGCCAGAUCGCAACAUGCGGCAGCAAAGACAACACAACCAUAUCAAGUCUCCCCUCCUCCAAAUGUCUUGGUGGCGAGUGUGUCUUGAUGAAGCACAGAUGAUUGAAAGGGGUGUGAGCAAUGCAGCCACUCUAGCACGAAUGAUCCCUCGGGUCAACGCGUGGGGUAUAACGGGCACACCUGUCAAAGACAGUACCAGGGACCUCUUGGGUCUGCUUCAGUUUCUCCGUUAUGACCCCUUUGCUUCCUCGCAGGCCAUCUGGCAUGGACUACUCACGAGCCACCAAGACCUUUUUUUCACUCUUUUCAACCAGAUCGCGUUGAGACACAGCAAACGUGCUGUUCGACAUGAAUUGAGCCUGCCACCGCAGAAGCGUUUCGUUGUCACUAUGCCUUUCACGGCGAUUGAAGAGCAGAAUUACCAGGCCGAGUUCGGGAGACGAGCCCGGAGCUUUGGGUUGAACGAGCUGGGAUGUCCCCUGGAAGAGGACUGGGAUCCUGACGACCCAAACGUCGUAGAUCUCAUGAAGCGAGCCCUGGCUGGUCUCAGACAAACAGUCUUGCAUCCUGGACUGGGUCCAGGCGGACUACCCGUUGGAGCUCAAAAGAACAAGCCUCUCCGAACCAUCGAUGAAGUGCUGGACGCCAUGAUUGAUCAGUCUGAUUUUAAUGUCAAAACUGAACAACGAACCUGGCUGAUUAGCAAGUUGAAGAGAGCCCAGCUGCUGGAUAACUCACCGCGGGUUCGGGAAGCUCUCGCCAUUUGGGAAGAAGUACGGGAGGAUAUUCAAUCUAUUGUCGCCGAGUGCCGCAAAGAGCUGGAAGCAGAGGUUGUGAAAGCCAAGCAAGCGGAGCUCGAACGCAGGCUUGAGGAAGUUGAAGCCGCCGCCAACGACAACCAAGGCAAAACCGAAGCUAACACAUCAAGAGUUGGCGAGUAUCGACGAAGACUCCGGUCCGCACUUGACAUCGAGCACAGAGUCGUUUUCUUCAUCGCCAGUGCUCAUUACCAGAUUAAGUCGGAUGAAGAUAUGACCAAGCCGGGCUCUGACAAAUUUACGCGGUUGGAGAGACGCGAGACCGAGGGAUAUGAGCGGGCGAAGGAGAUUCGCAGAGAGAUCCUGCAAGAGCCACAUGCGAAAGUCUCGGGUUUCUUGUCUAGAACCGAAGAGCGCGCAAAGUCUCAGUCAUUCGUGGAGAUACCGGAGAUCAAGUCUUCUCCUCAUCGGGGCUUAUUAUUACGGAGCAGAAAUACGUUGGAGGGCCUAGAGAAGCUUGGCACAUCGCUUAACGUGCAAGCCAACCUGAUCGACGAGUGGCGCGAGCAUGUCAUUCAACUGUUGCUCAAGCCUCUCGUCGAUGCAGAACCCGAAGAAGUCACCGGUGACGAGUACGAAGACUCGACGAAGAUCCAAGAGGAUCUGAUGGUCUAUACUCUUGCUCUGAGGGCUGUCAUUGCUGAUCGACAAGACGCUUUGUCCGGCUCAACAAACGAGCGAGUCCGAUAUGAUACACAGUUUGCCGAACGACAGGCAAAGAAUGGAGAGGGGGAUGCGCCUGAGAAAGUUCUGUCACUCCUGCGACAUCGCGAGGAAGUCAGACCGCAGCCACAGGGAUCAUCUCUCCGCACCACGGUUGCGUACCUUAAGCAACUGGUCACCGAUCUACGAGACGAUACUGAGGACGGCAGCCUUCAAGCCAGGAUCGAGCUGGAUAUUGUUCUCAAGCAGUUGAAACUGUCCCAGCAACAACUGACGGAACAUACCAAGGUUGCUGCAAGCCUCGAGCGAGAAUUGGACCAGCUCACCUCGGCCAUGAACGCUCGCGUGGAGUUUUAUAAACAGCUACAAGCAGUGUCUGACACAGUAGCACCGGGUGGCCCAACGAAAGAGGCGGACCUCAUGCGUGAAUGGAACGUCCUGCAACGUAAUGAACAGGACGCGGAGAAGAAACUGGCGCUUAUGCAAUCCAAUCAUCGCUACCUCCUGCACCUAAAGGAGGCCGGUCGAGCCUCGAACGGGCCCCAGACCUGCGUAAUCUGUCAGUUCGACUUUACUCUGGGUGUCCUCACCAUCUGCGGUCAUCAGUUUUGCAAAGACUGCAUGAUGACGUGGUGGAAGGCUCACCGCAACUGCCCUCUUUGCAAGACCAAGCUCGGUCCGGGGUCGAUGCACGACAUUACGCUGAAGAAGCAAGAACUGAAGCUACACCAAGAGCAGCCGCAUAACCCUGACAACCCACAAUCACGCAAGAUGAAGAAAACUGGCAUUUAUUCCGAAUUCAGCAAAGCCAAACUCGAUGCCAUCCAGAACAUCAAACUUCAAGGACCAUCAUAUGGAACAAAGAUUGACACAAUUAUCAAGCAUCUUCUCUGGUCGAAGCAAGAAGACCCUGGCUCGAAGACAAUUGUUUUUUCGCAGUUCCGAAAGUUCUUGGACGUCCUCAACGUGGCGCUUGCGCGGCAGCCCAUCAACUAUUCGACGUUCAACCAUGGAGGAAUCGACAGGUUUCAGAAUGACCCUAUGAUCAAUUGUCUCCUAAUGCCCUCCAAUGCAUACGCAAGUGGCUUGAAUUUAGUCGUUGCGAACCACGUCUUCCUCUGCGAACCUAUGAUCAACACCGCGUUGGAACUGCAAGCCAUCGCACGAGUGAACCGCAUUGGUCAGAAACUUGAAACUACAGUGUGGCUGUACCUUGUAGAAGGCACCGUUGAGGAGUCCGUCUACAACUUAUCCGUCCAGCGACGACUGAAACACAUCGGCGAGAGCGGCAAGGGAAAAGGGAAAGAGAAGGAGACCCCUGGAGUCUCUGACCUGGACCUGGAGGACGCCAAUUCGAUGGAGCUUCAGCAGGCUGCCUUGGCGAAGCUGAUGAAUAAAGACAAGGACCUAGGAGAGGUCGUGGACAAGAACGAUCUCUGGGAAUGCCUUUUUGGGCACCUGGAUAAGAGCGGUGAAUCCGCCGCGGGCCCGGACGAGAGAGGCGAGAACCCUGCGAUUGUGGGGUUCCUGGCGGCCGAAGCGGCCGAGGAGAGAAGACUGGGCAAUGCCGGAGGAGAGGCAGAAGCCGGUCCAAGCACAUGA